AAAAUGCAUUUGGAACAAAAGUAAUUUAUUUCCAGUGGUGGGGGCUGCAUCGCCGGUUGACUUUGCUAGAAAAUCAAGUACGCACAGAGAUACAGAGCAAAACACAAGUCAAAUUCGACAAUUAGUGUUGUCGUAGACUCGCAGCCCAGUACACUCCGAUUUUCAGCUCUUCUUCGUCAUCAUCUCUCACCGCCGAGCCUGAAUUUUACCUUUACUGGAAACCCAUGGAAGACGCCGCUUCAUUCACUGUUUGAAGUUUAAAAGAAGCAUCUUUGCAGGCCUUCAAGCGGGAGCCACCAGGAAAAGAAAGAAGCUUUCAUUUAUUAUCUUUCUAGUCCCCACCCAAAGUACUCAUCCAGUGAAAAGUGAUAGCUCAGGAUGACAGAUGCCAGCCCUAUGUCAGAUUCUUCAACUGAUGCAGAUACUGAAGAUAAAAGCUCCAGGUUUCAAAAUGGUCAAUUAGUGGGUUCUGAUGGCAGUGACAAGACUAAAGAUCAAAAGACACUUCGUAGGCUUGCUCAAAACCGUGAAGCUGCAAGAAAGAGCCGCUUAAGGAAGAAGGCAUAUGUGCAACAGUUAGAGAACAGUAGAAUAAAGCUCACUCAACUCGAGCAGGAGCUUCAGCGCGCUAGACAACAGGGAGUAUUCAUUUCAAGUUCAGGAGAUCAAUCACAAUCUAUGAGCGGAAGUGGAUCCAUGACAUUUGAUUUAGAAUACUCGCGGUGGACGGAUGAACAAAACCGAAGAAUUAGUGAGCUAAGAGGAGCUGUUAAUGCCCAUGCUGGUGAUGUUGAACUUCGCAUUAUUGUCGACAGCAUCUUGGCACACUAUGAUGACCUUUUCAGGAUAAAAGCGGAUGCUGCAAAAGCUGACGUCUUCCAUAUUUUAUCAGGCAUGUGGAAAACUCCUGCUGAAAGAUGCUUCCUUUGGUUGGGUGGGUUUCGUUCAUCUGAAGUCCUUAAGUUGCUAGUAAACCAGUUAGAGCCAUUGACGGAGCAGCAGUUAACAGCCAUCAACCACCUGCAAGAGUCAUCUCAACAGGGGGAAGAUGCCUUGUCCCAAGGAAUGGACUCGUUGCAGCAAUCUUUGGCCGAGACACUGAUUGGGACUCUCAGCUCUUCAAGCUCGUCAGGGAAUGUCGCAAAUUAUAUGGGUCAAAUGGCAAUGGCAAUGGGAAAGGUUGGAGCUCUUGAGGGUUUUGUAUGUCAGGCUGAUAAGCUCCGGCAGCAGACGUUGAAAAAGCUGCUCAGCAUUUUGACCACUCGCCAAUCAGCCCGAGCUUUUCUUGCCAUCAAUGACUACUUCUCCCGCCUCCGUGCACUAAGCGCUCUAUGGCUUGCACGGCCUCGCGAAUAACUUUUAUUUAAAAGGAAAGAUACAAAGAAAGAUUGCUGUGGCGCACUUGUACAUGAAAAUUCUUCGUCUGGAAUGAUGAUGAUGUGCUGCAUUAAUUUAUCACAGUUAACUGAGAUUUUGAGGUGCGGGGUUAUAGCUGUUGACUUGUUCAUCUUUGCAGAUGCUGUAUGAAUGUAAGUCUUGCAUAUUCUCUUAUAUUUGUAACAUAGAUAGAUAGAUGUGUACCUUAUGGUUUGCCUGAGUUGGUGAAUCGUCAUGUCAAAUUUUAGCUUAUAGUAACAAUGAUUUAAUAUCCUCUUUGGUCAGUUAAUUUAGAGUUGCGCUGUUGCUAAAUUCCAUUUGACUAUUUGAGAAGAUGCUUUCUUGAUGCAUUUUAUUAUUACAAU